UCACGUGAUCAGAUUCCGAAGAAACGAAACUUAGCGCCUAUUGAGUAACAUCAUGUUAGGCUGCUCUGUCCCCAUUGGCUGAAAGGUCAGUGUGUGCGCCGAGACUGAGACCCAACACCUCAACUGGCCGGAAAAAAGCCCCUGGGAGUGCGGAACAAAUAGAGAAACAUCAGUUGUCACGUGUCCCUAAGUCACUUUCCUCUCCACAAAUACGAGUCGCUCUCUGUACCGCAUGGGCGGGGCCUGUGACAUCACAAAUCACUGACUGAACUGGGACAGAAUGAGUGAGCGGGAAAUCAGAGAACUAGAGAAGGCAAAAUGCAAAGCUCAGAGGUCGCACAACCUAAAGGAGGAGGAGUCCGUGUGUAACCAGCUGGGGGAGCUACUGGCCCACAAUGGACGUUUUCAGGAGGCUAUAGAGGAACAUAUCCGGGAAGGGAUGAUCUGUGAGCAGUUAGGGGAUGUGAUUGGCUGUGCCUUGGCCAAUGGGAAAAUUGGAGAGUGCUUGGCCAAAUUGGGGAACUAUGAAGCAGCACUGCAGCACCAGCACCUCCAUUUGGAUCUGGCACUGUCUGACAAUUGUGCCGUAGAGGAGCAGAAAGCCCUGGCCUCCAUGGGCCACUCCUACCUGGGCAUGGCCGACACUGGGCACGCAGAGGAAGCCUGGCUGAGUAGCCUGGACAUAUUAGAUACAAGACUGCAAGCAGAGGUCCCUGAGAGAGAGCUGAAUGAGAUGAGAGCCCGACUGUACCUGGAUCUGGGACUCCUGUACGACCAACUGAAUGACACCGACAAGUGCAGCUUCUACAUCGGGAGGAGCAUCUUCAUUUUUGAACAGUACCAGCUGUACCAGGACCUGUACAGAGCCAACAUCAGCCUGGCAGGGAUCCAUAUGCGCAAUAAGGAGCAUUCCAAGGCCAUUGAAUGUGGGGAGGCUGCUGGGAGGUGGGCGCGCUGUCUGCGUGACAGACACAAGGAGAGUGAAUGCUUUCAAAUCGUUGGCCAGGCGUUACUGUCCCUGGGGAAUUUAUCUGCUGGAAAACGCGCCAUUAGGAAAUCCUUUAUUCUGGGUUCCCGGGAUCUGAAGGACUCAGAUAUCAUGUGCAGGAACCUGAAAUACGCGAUGAAAGGUUGCCGACUGGAGGAGGCCUUGUCUGAGCUGAGUGAAGAGGAUCAGCAGGGGGCGCUAUGUCUCUAUGAGCAGCUGGGUGACCUCUGUUGUAAACUUGGCUGCUACACAAGAGCCGUAGAGUACUACAAACUGCAGCUCAACUGCGCUGAGUCACUGGGAAAGUCGGAGCGGGAACUGGCAGUUAUUCACGUGUCCUUAGCUGUCACCUUUACUGACCUGAAGAACCACACACAGGCUGUGAAGCAUUACCAGGCUGAGCUGGAACUGAGGAAGGGGAAUCCUUCUGAGGAAUGUAAGACUUGGAUGAGCAUUGCUGUGUGUUAUGAGGAGGAUGGACGAGAGCUCAGAGACAUACAGAGUUGCCUCUCCAGUGCAUUGCAGUGUGCCCGGCGGGCAGGGAAAUCUGCACUGCAGUGGAAGGUUUUUCACCAGCUGAUGGACCUGCAGGAGAAGUUUGGGAACCAACAAUCCAGGGGAACAAAGGCAAUGUUACAGAAACUGCACUCAGACCCUGAUGGGGAGAGAAUUGACGAGGAGGAGAGUGAGCCCCUGCGGGAGCGAGACCUGGAGCUGAGUGAUGAUGACGAGGAUCUUGAAUGGUAUGGAGUAUUUGCUCAUGGCAAGCGGAGAGUGAACCAGUUGAUCCGGCGAAAUAAGAAAGGCGAGACUGAUCUGCACCGUGCCUGUAUUAAGGGCGACAUUAACCUUGUCAAGACUUUGAUAGAGAAGGGCCAUCCUCUAAUGAGCCGAGAUAACUGUGGCUGGACUCCACUUCACGAGGCUGCUAACCAUGGUCACUUGGACAUUGUGCAGCUUCUCUUAGAAAAUGGCAGCAACAUUAACGAUCGUGGGGGUCACUUGUGUGAAGGAAUCACCCCCCUCCAUGACGCCCUGUCGAAUGGCAAGUUCCACGUGGCCCAGUUGCUAAUCCUCCAAGGUGCAUCUGUGACUGUGACUAAUGACAAGGGUGUCACCCCUCUGGGAAGCCUCCAGCAAUGGCUCCAUGCCAACGGACAUCUGAAUCAGGAGACCAUGAGGAACUGCAAGGAAACACAAACGUUACUAGAGGAAGCUCUGGCCAGUGGCUGCGGCACUCGCUCAACAUGAAAUCCCAGAGGAAGAAAAGUAGGGUGACUCUCUCAACUCAUCUUCUCCUGUGUGUGUAAAUACUUGAGCUGGGAGGGGGGCAUAUAUGGUUGAUGAAUGUUUAAAUUGCUCUAGACUCCUAAAAAACGUAUCAAAAAGACCUUCAUAGACCAGGAAGAUAAGACUGUUGGUAUGUCUCGACCUCCUUUCACUGAAAUGGACAUUCCCCUAGGUGACCCACAAACUAAAAUUGAGGAAAUAUCCUCACUGAAUACUACAGAGAUCCCUAAAUCAAUGCUUAAUACUCCACAAAGGACAGAACUCAUCUUACUCAGAGCAAUAUAAGACUUGUUGGGAGGUGACCACUCAGGCUGAGAUAGACAAAGCCUUUGAGACCUUCAAGAAGGUUGCCUCCAUCCCUAUAUGAGGUCUCUAAUGUUAUGGGAAAUAUUCCAUUUCUAGCUAACAAGUGAUAAAAUGAUAUGAGUAAAGGUUAUAAUGAGCAAACUCAGUAAAGCAAAGCCUCCUGGUAGCGAAGGACCAAACCGGAUCUAUAAAUCGACCACAUCAGACCCUUAUCUCUCACUGUUGUGUGGCCUUAUUUGUGGACAAGCCUCUCAUACUUUUAUUAUUAAAUGCUUUUAUAUACUAUACUCACCUUGCACCUAAACCUUUGUGUAAAUAUAAAUGUGUAUAUUCGUAAAUGUAUAAGAUAGUUUACUUUUGGAUGUAUUUCGUUUUGUAACUGUUUCCGUGAUUGGUUGUAAUUGCGAGCUUUCUGAUUGGAUGAAGUUUCUUUAAAUACUGUUUCUCUUUUUGGUCAUUUAGCCUAUGAAAUGCAUAAGGCUUUUCUUUUGUUUGCACUGUGGGUGAUAUGACUUUUUAAUAAACAAUAUAAGCAGUA